AUCGUAUUCGUCACACAAUAAUAGACACACACGGGAGUAAGUAAUAACUAUAUUUUUAAGACGCUAAAAAACCCCAACUUUCAUCAACAUAUCAACACUUUUCCUCUAAACGGUGAAAGACACGACAAAUGUGUAAUAUAGUUAAAGUUUUGUAGAGGACCCAUUCAUGAUCUCAAUCAUCGCGGAGUAAGGAACGGAGGAAUUUGGAAAUUUGUGACUUAAUUGAUCCAACUUUUUUCAUAGAGCAGUUUUGUGCAAUUUGGAUCUCUCGGUUCGUGACGUGACAGUUCUUUUGUGAUUAGUUUUCCAACCAAGUGACGUUGUUUUUUGAGAAUGUAUUGUGUUUAGCAGUGUGUGGGACGAAGAAAGGAAGAAGCCGGCUCUCGGAUCAGUAGUUUGGCAGUAGUCUCACUAAAACGGGGAACCGGGUAGAAAGAAGAAAGCGGAGUUUUCCGGGUUCGGAUUUUCGAGUCGGAGUGAUUUGUCUCUACCACUCUGGGGACGAACGAGUCGUCUGAGAACCAGGCAGUGCAAACUUUAAAAAAGAAGUUCUGCUGUCCUUCUUUCUUCCAUUUCAUUCCAUCAUCCAUCCAUCCAUCCAAUCCACUUCACCGUUUUUUCUCACCAUAAACCAACGACCCCUCGUCGUCAGAGAUCAUCCAUCUAUUUACGUAUAAGCAGGAGUGAGUGGGUGGGUGUGGUGGUCGUCGCCGUCGUUAAGCUCAAUCAACAAAAAAAUAUAGGAUAACCGACAAUGGAGGCAAUUGCAAAACACGACUUUACUGCCACCGCAGAUGAUGAACUCAGUUUUAAGAGAGGACAAGUCUUGAAGAUAUUAAAUAUGGAAGAUGACUCAAAUUGGUUUAGAGCAGAACUGGAUGGACGAGAAGGCCUAAUACCGUCAAAUUAUAUUGAGAUGAAAAGUCAUUCGUGGUACCGUGGAAGAAUUACUAGGGCGGAAGCCGAAAAGUUUCUUACUGAUAAACCUGAAGGGGCUUUUCUCAUCCGAGUGAGUGAAUCCAGUCCUGGCGACUUUUCUUUGUCUGUGAGGUGUUCCGAUGGAGUCCAACAUUUCAAGGUCCUUCGUGACGCUGCUGGAAAGUUUUUCCUAUGGGUUGUUAAAUUCAACUCGCUAAAUGAACUCGUCGAAUAUCACAGGACCUCCAGUGUGUCGCGUUCUCAGGAUGUGAAAUUACGCGAUUUGCUUCCCGAGUAUGUGAGGGCAAUGUAUGAUUUCACGCCUCAAGAACCUGGUGAACUUGAGUUUAAAAGAGGAGAUAUUAUUACAGUGACCGACCAAUCGGACGCAAACUGGUGGUGUGGGAUGCUGGGUAAUAAGAAGGGUCAAUUUCCAGCCACCUAUAUUUCACCGUACAACCCAUGAUUGAUUAAUAUAACUUUUUAAAUGCCGAGACCUUAUACCAAUUUUUAAACAUACAAGAAUUGCUUUUAAUAUCGUGUAACUUAUUCUUCUCCUUUUUGGGAGGCUUUAUAUUAUGACUUUUCACGACACAUACAUACAUAUACACACAUACACGCCCAAACAAUUUACAUGUGUAAAAAAACAACCAAACCAAUCAAUCAAUCUUCCACACAACACUUAUCAUGAUCUACACACUUCUUCAAUAACUUGCUGUAUAAUAUGUACGUAGUUUUAAUUAGCUGUUGACCACAGAAUUGGUUUUUAUAAUGCACUGACUCGACCCCUUAAAACUUUAAUGUUCGACUCGAUUUACAUAGCGCCAGAGAACAAAGCAAUGAUAUGAAAUUAUAUUAAUUAUUAUGAUGAUGCCAGAUUUAUUAUUAUUAUUUGUGUAACUAUUUAAUUAACUCUGCAACAAUCACACCCAACAAAAACUACUACACUGCACUGUGAACGACUAUUUUUAAGUGCGUACUACCAAUAAUUUUAUUAAUAACGACGCCCGUAUUAAUUGAAGACAUUAUAUAAUUAAUUACUAGAAAAAGUACUAUUACAUAUUAUAUUAUCAAACGUGACAUCGAAAACGAGCAAGAAAAGAGAUCCUCCUCGAGAAUUCUGUGAAUGACAGUUUUGAACAAUAUUACUGUAAUUAUUAUUGGUACAUAGAUACGUCUUAAUUUAAACUGUCAGUAAUUUAGCUAAUUGUGUUCUUCCAUUUUUGCUUGCAAUUAAGUAAUAUCUUAACUAUUAUAUGAAAAAUGUUACUAUAUAUUGGUUGUAUUUGUAUCAUACAUGAAGUGUUGUUGUAUUAAUUAUGUAACGAACGAUCAAAAAACUCAAAAGCCUUUUGUACAAGGGCGAAUUAUGAUUAAUCUACAUAAGUAGUUGCACGAUUACUACUGUUAUUUUGUUUUUUUUUAAUUAAUUAAAGGAAGAAAAGGAGAGAGCUUUUAUCUUAUGUAAAAUUAAUGUGUUUUCAAGCGGUGCAUGAUAUGAUUUAAUAAUUGAUGUCCUUAAUUUCAUAGCAUUUUCUACUUCUACAACUCUUUUGGUUGCAUUGCAUUGGCUGCUUGUUUUAAAACCAAGCUCAAAAUUACAUAUGUGCAUGAGUUGCAUUUUUUUGUAAAAAAGGGUGAAAUAUUACGUCUUCAGACUUGAAGUGAAAUUUCUUACUGCACUUUUAAAAUCUUUGCUCACAUGCACGAUGCAGAUUUGGUAUGAUUUUUCGACUUGUUAAAAGGCAGGCAUUACUUGCUUGAGCUCUAUAAAUAAAUAUCUACGACUAAUUUAAAUUGAGAACGAUGAUUGAUGAUGAUAAACCAAAAAACAUGAUUGCCUGAUGAAUUGUACCGUAUUAUAACUCGUGCCAUUGCAACCUGGCCAGUAAAUAUUUACAGAAAUAUCUAGAAAUACAUUUUGUAAGCGUUGUAUUGGUGUGAUAAUAUUGUUAGAUUUUGACAAGAAAGAAUCUCAUUUUAGCAAAAUUAUUCCUCUUCUUGCCAGUUUCUUCUGUAUAUUCUGUGUAACUUAUAAUGGAGGUCGACCAGCGUAGACUCUCAGAUUUUGACCAAAUUAAUGGAAAUCGAUCAUAAAUUUUAUUAUGCAAAUGACCCAAUCUCCUCUUCUGAUGCAAUUGAUGCAAAUAUCUCUGCCAAACGUGCGCAUUGGGAGAUCGUGUCUUUUGCAAAUUUCAUACUAAUUAAAUUUGUGAUCGAUGGACACUAGUUAGGUAAAAAAAUCUGAGAGAAAACGCUGGGAAACCUCCGUUGUGAGAAAGAUAAUGCUUCUUCUUUAUCUGCAGAGACACUGAAAUGGUGAUGCCAUGAUUAAAUGUAUGUAAAAUGUACCGAUCCGUGGUGAGAGAGUGAAAUGAUUGAUUUUUUGAAUGUAGUAGUAUAAGCAUUCCUAUCAAGAAAUAAACAAAGCUAAGCUGAGCUGAUGCAUUAUUA